GGAAUGAGUGAGUUUGCUCUGUCUAUAUAAGAGUUGGUCUUUCUCUAGUCACGUCCCAAUUUCAAUCUGCUCCACUCCACUUCUACCUUCACAUCUCUUUCUCACUCUCAGACUCCCACGCACAUCCCUUAUCUCAAUCCCUCACAGGUGUAUUAACAUAGAACUCAAGCGCCAUGGUCGAGUUCACUGUCUUCAAAGGCUCCAAAGAGGGCAAGAUUGUCGAAUCCAAGACUACGAAGGAACUCAAGGCGAAUGAGGUUCUCAUCAAGGUCACUCACUCUGGUCUAUGCGGCACAGAUGAGCAUUACAAGCACGAAGAUAUGGGUUUGGGACAUGAAGGUGCUGGUGUUAUAGAGGAAAUUGGCUCCUCAGUGACGACCUAUCGAAAAGGCGAUUCAGUAGGAUGGGGUUACCAACAUGACGCUUGUGGACACUGCAAACAAUGUCUCACUGGCCACGAGACUCUCUGCCCCGAGCGAAAGAUGUACGGUUACGCCGACCAUGACCAAGGAUCCUUCGCACACUACGCAAUUUGGAAAGCAGAUUUCAUCUUCAAGAUCCCGGAUUCGAUUCCUCGCGAAUACGCAGCUCCCUUGAAUUGUGGAGGAGCUACUGUUUUCAAUGUCCUUCAUUCCUUCAGUGCCAGAUCUACACAUCGCGUUGGUAUAAUCGGUUUUGGUGGAUUGGGACAUCUUGCUAUUCAAUUCGCUCAUAAGAUGGGUUGUCAAGUCGUAGUUUUCUCUGGAACCGACAGCAAGAAAGACGAAGCCAUGAAGUUGGGAGCAGACGAGUUUGUCGCUACGAAAGGCGCCAAGGAACUUCAAGUAUCUGGUCCCAUCGAUCACUUACUCAUCACCACUUCUUUUCAGCCUGACUGGAAGCUCUUCCUCCCCAUCAUGGCACCCGGAGGAACUCUUUACCCUCUUACCGUAUCACCAGACGAUUUCAAGAUCCCAUAUAUGCCAAUCAUUGCUGGAGAACUGAAGAUCCAGGGUUCGUUGGUCGCAGCCCGACAGGUGCAUAGAGAGAUGUUUGAGUUUGCAGCUCAUCAUCAGAUCAGACCUAUUAUUCAGAAGUUUCCAAUGACGGUUGAGGGGAUUGAGGAGAGUAUGAAGACUUUGGAUGAGGGAAAGAUGAGAUACAGAGGCGUGCUUGUCGUUUGAACAGGUGGAGUUGUGACGAGGCAAUGUAUAAUAAGGAUAAGCAUUGCGUAGGCGCAGAUUGGGGUUAUUCUUGGAGGAUUGGUAUAAAGGAGUUUAUAGACUACACAUGCAACUAAUCAUUAAAUCAUUGUUGCUCAACGUGG